UUUUUAAAAUCACAGUAAGUCGUCCCUCCUAUCGUUAAUGGCUUUAUCCUGCCACUUCAUUUGUCCAUUCCUCGCAUGUCGUUUCCCUUUUAUAUGCUUUUCUGAUUACGAACGUCGGAAUCCUUCAUUUUCCGGCAAGUACUGGUUUUCCGGGGAAUUCCGCGGCGGAUCUGUGCUCAAAUUUCGCUCUAAAUGGUUGCAAAAUAAGAUGUCUUCACCGAUUGAUAUUCAGAUGCUUGUUGCCUCUUUUAGAUCGGAUGCUGGUGAAGCGAAAAGGAGCUUGCAGGAAUCUGCUGAAUUUCCGGGAACUGGUGCAACAACAUCAAGGGACCAGAUGGUUAUGGGAAAGAGGGAGUCAUCAAAGAAAGAUAUAGAAGGGAAAUCGUACUCCCAUGGUGAGAGUGUUCCGCGCAAAGCCAGAUAUGUGAUGGGCACUAUAAAAUGUUUUGGGGUUGAUAUGACCCCAGAAACCAUUGCAAUUGCCAUGGUGUAUUUUGUACAAGGAGUAUUAGGCCUUUCCAGGCUUGCUGUGAGUUUCUAUUUAAAAGAUGACCUUCAUCUUGAUCCUGCUGAGACAGCGGUGAUAUCUGGUGUAUCAGCAUUUCCGUGGCUUAUUAAACCUAUUUAUGGUUUUAUCAGUGACUCCUAUGCACUUUUUGGUUACCGAAGGAGGUCAUAUCUUGUUCUUUCCGGGCUUCUAGGGGCAGUUUCAUGGGGCUUGAUGGCAACUUUGGUGAACAGUAAAUAUAAUGCUGCUUUAUGUAUUCUUCUUGGCUCUCUUUCAGUUGCCUUUGCGGAUGUUGUUGUAGAUUCAAUGGUGGUGGAAAGGGCUCGGGGUGAGUCACAAAAUACAUCUGGAUCUCUUCAAUCUUUAUGCUGGGGAUUUUCUGCUUUCGGUGGUAUUGUGAGUGCAUAUUUUAGUGGCUCACUUGUGGAUGAAUAUGGUGUAAGGUUUGUUUUUGGAAUCACGUCAUUUCUUCCUCUUAUGACAUCUGCGGUGGCUGUUCUUGUCAAAGAACAGCCUCAAUAUGACACUUUAAGAGGUCAUAGUGUUUCUCAAUCAGUUCAAGGCUUAGUGGAGAACUCGAGACAGCACAUCUUACAGUUGUGGGUCACAGUCAAACAACCCAACAUAUUUUUGCCCACCUUAUUUGUAUUUUUAUGGCAAGCAACUCCACAGUCUGAUUCUGCCAUGUUCUUCUUUAUCACAAACAAACUUGGUUUCACUCCAGAAUUCUUAGGUCGAGUCAAGCUUGUAACUUCGGUGGCGUCCCUUCUGGGUGUUGCUCUUUAUAAUGGAUUGCUCAAAAACAUUCCCUUGAGAAAGAUCUUUUUCUGGACAACCAUUAUAGGUGCAGGUCUUGGGAUGACACAGGUAUUGCUUGUUACUGGACUAAAUCGACAGUUGGGUAUCAAUGAUGAGUGGUUUGCUAUUGGAGAUUCUUUGAUUCUAACUGUUCUCAGUCAGGCAUCAUUCAUGCCAGUACUGGUAUUAGCUGCAAGAUUAUGUCCACAAGGUAUGGAAGCCACUCUUUUUGCCACUCUGAUGUCCAUCUCCAAUGGAGGCAGCGUAGCUGGGGGCCUUAUUGGUGCUGUUCUCACUCAACUUUUUGGGAUCACAAAGGAUAGCUUCUCAAACCUUCCAAUGUUGAUAGUUCUUUGCAACCUGAGCUCCUUGCUUCCUCUACCUCUCCUUGGGCUCCUACCCAAUGAUGAUGCGGAUGCUGCCUCAUCAGGUAGCGGUGAAAAUUCUCUUGGCAACAUAGAGGAUCCAAAGGCAAACUAAGCAGACAGGGGCAUGAAUGCGAUUCCUGUGGACUUAGCUAUGGCAAGUUGCAGCCCUGCUAGAACGGUCUCCAAUCUCUUGACAAUCACAGUCGCCGCCUUCGAAUAUGAUGCCCCUUGAAGCUCAAAAUCAGGCAUGAGCACAGGACAAGUGUCUCAUAUACCAUCUCGAGUGCACUGAUAACAGGUGAUGGAUACCAAAUGAUUCUUGUGCACUCAUCAAACUAAUCACACCUACCUUUCUCAUUGUUCCACUUCUUGGACCUGACCUCACUUUCAUUUUAUAAACAUGAGAAUAUUCUCAUACAUGGGCUGCUUGUUUUUUGCUCCCAAAGACAAAAUCGUACCUUCCACUUCAAAUAAAGAAAGGAGAAAACAAAAAAUAAAUGGAGAGCACCUUAUGUGCAUGGCAAGUUCUCA